AUGACCAGUGGCUUCUCAUACUUGCCCUAUGUAUGCCAUGUCAAGGGUGGCUUCAAUCUCACAGUAGAUAUAAGCCAAGAUGUCAGCUUAAACCUACUUCUUUCCCCAUUUCUUUUGCAUCUAGGUCUUUUCCCCGAACACCUGAUUGAAGUUCUAAGCAGAGAACUGGCCCUGGAAUGUGAUUACAAGAGAGAAGCUGCCUGUGCCAAGAAGUUCAGGGAGCUGCUCAAGGAUCAUCCCUUUUUUUACGUCCCUGCUGUGGUGGAUGAGCUGUGUGGUCAGCGUGUCCUUACAACAGAACUUGUGCCGGGGUUUCCACUGGAUCAGGCUGAAGAUCUAAGCCAGGAAAUUCGGAAUGAGAUCUGCCACAACAUAUUGGUUUUGUGCCUGCGGGAGCUAUUUGAGUUCAGGUACAUGCAGACUGAUCCAAACUGGUCUAAUUUUUUCUACGACCCAGAACUGCACAAGGUGGCACUUCUGGAUUUUGGAGCCACACGUGGCUUUGAUGAGAAGUUCACAGAUACCUACAUAGAGUUAAUUAAAGCAGCUGCUGACAUGGAUAGAGAGAGAGUGCUACAGAAAUCAGUAGAAAUGAAAUUUUUAACUGGCUAUGAAAACAAGGUAAGUUGUAGAACCAAGCAGUCCCUACUUUACCAAUGCUAUGAGUUAAGUUUGAUUUUCUCAAUCAAUAGAAGAGAAUGCAACAAAUAUCCUUUUUCACACAAAAAAAUGUUUGCAUAG